CCAGUAAUGGCGGACGAACAUCAUCAAAAUGUGGCUUUCUUGAAUGUUAAAAAUUGAUAUCUUCAAGGCUUCCAGGAUGAGGUUAAAGGAACUCGAAGGCUACUUACAACAAGUAGAAGUAUUUGACAAGCCCAAGGUCGAGCUAGAACAGUAUCCUACGACACCACACAUCGCUUCACACAUGUUGUACACCAUUGAUCAAAGCUUUGAUGACAUCGAAGGAAAGUUUAUCGGGGAUCUUGGCUGUGGAUGUGGUGUUUUGAGCGUUGGUUGCUCCAUCCUUGGCUGUGCUGCGUGUGUAGGGUUUGACAUCGAUGAAGAUGCUCUUGAAAAAGCUUCGCAGAAUCUUAAAGAAUUUGAUAUUGAUAAUGUAGACUUGGUCCAGUGUGACCUGUCACAGUCAGACCAGUCACAGACAGAAUUAUUUGCAGGUUGGAGGAAUAAAGCAUUCGAUACGAUUAUCAUGAACCCUCCCUUUGGAACGAAAAGUAAUAAUGGUAUUGACUUGCUUUUUGUCCAGACAGCACUUUCCAUGUGCACAACAUCUGUCUAUUCCUUGCACAAAACAGCAACAAGAAAACACAUCCUCAAGAAGGCUUCAGAAUGGGGAGUUGAAGUGGAAGUCCUGGCAGAAUUGAGGUUUAAUUUAGCAAAAACUUACAAAUUCCACAACAAAAAAUCAGUUGAUAUUGAAGUUGACUUUAUUAGAUUUAGCUUCAAAGAAGAUUAGAAUAGUUUACUGUAUUGGUAGUCAAUUCUUACUUACUUAUGUAUUUCUUUCUGCGAAAAUCAUGUGUGCUUUCCAUCAUUCUCAUACACAUUUCAUGACAAUUAAUUGUUUGAUAUUGAUGUUGACUUUACGGUAUUGGUGGUACAUACUUACAUAUGUACUUUUUCAUUAUCAAAAUUAUGUGUAUUCCAUCAUGCCCAUGUGUGUUGUGAUGGCAAAGGUCCUGUUUAUCUAUGUCUUAUGAGAGAAAAAAAAAAGACGAAUAAUCUUGACAUUUUCAUAGGGAACAUCCUUUCUGUCUUUAUUUAUGAUAGAUAUUUGCUGAACUAAAGAUAAACUGCCUUCAAAACAAUUCUGAACUAGCAAAUGUUUUGUUUAGCUGAUGAAACUCUUUUCAUCCACCUCUUUUCUAAUUUCAUAUGUCCUUAAAGAUUCUCCUAUUUAUCAUUCCAGAUGAAUAGAAGAGAUAUUCAAAAGGUUAUAUACGAAAUAUAACGUUGCACUAGACUUUUUGUUAUUUUCUUUCCUUCUUUCCACCCAAAGCACUAGCAUGAGAAGGGCGCUUGACGAAGAAAAAAGUUUUAAAAUGAAAUACGUAUGGCGCGACAACCAGGAGACAAAUUUUAAAGAAACUACUGUAUUUAUGCUUCAUCUUCUUAUCUUUCGGCUGUCAUAUUCCCAAAAUAUUUUCUCAGAAAUGUUUCCUUAACUUUGAAUACCAAUCGAGAUAAUUUUCGACUAUUUUAUUUCUCUCCGGUCGAGCGUGUGUGAUGUUUAUAUAGUCGUGUUUCCUCUGUGAAGCUUGUUGAUCCUGGAAGACACCCAGUACACACCCUAUACUAAUGUACUUCGUGCAAUCUCGUGUGUACUUUAUUUUAUCAACACUUGCUUAGAUUAGACAACCGAGUUCACUGUACACACCCUACGCUGAUGUACUUCGUGCAAUCUCGUGUGUACUUUAUUUUAUCAACACUUGCUUAGAUUAGACAACCGAGUUCACUGUACACACCCUACACUGAUGUACUUCGUGCAAUCUCGUGUGUGCUAUAUUUUAUCAACACUUGCUUAGAUUAUAUUAUCUCUGACAGAGACAGGAUAAGUGCUUGAAAAUGUCGAAAAAUGCCACGAUAGCAAACCGUAGGGGAAUCGUAAGGAAACUAGAAUACGAAACCAUUAUCUUACUCAGUGGAAGUUUAUUUAAAGUAUUUCAAAACACUUUAGAUUUAAAAAAAGAUAUGAUGAACAAUUCUAACAGAGCUAGGCUCAGAUUGCACGAUUUUUUACUAAUAUCUCUGCUUAGUACUGUUUUUUUUAAAAAAUGGAUUAACAUCUAGAUAGCUAGUUUUGAUGAAGAAAAAUAAUUGUUCGGCGACUGACAAAUAUUGGUUGUGAACCAAUGGAUGAAGAAUUUGAGGAAAAAAUAAAUUGUUUGGCCGCUGAG